GGACAGAGAGGACUCAGGCUGCAGGCAGUCCAGAGAAGAGCCAACCUGCUCCCUGGCAGACUAGCCAGCUGUGGAAAUAGCUGUGCAGCAGAGAAGGGGACCUACCCUCUUCUUCUGCCCUACAUCCCAACCCUGGUGUGGGAUUUUGGGGGCUCCUAGGGCAGACCUCUGGCCAGCUUCCCUUCUGGGCAGGACCUGAAAUUUAGAAGCUGAGGUCCCUGCUCCCCCACUUCUCAAGCCAAAGUCCAAGGGACCCAGUCAGGGGUCCAGCUCCGUGGAGAUGCCAGCAGCUCGUCGGUUCCCUGGCCUAGAGCUCUCCUUUCCUCUCCUGGCCAGGCUGCGGCGAAGACUAUACACAAGGCUGGGGAGCAGCAGCAUGCAGCCAGAAGAGGGUACAGGCUGGCUGCUGGAGCUGCUGUCCGAGGUGCAGCUGCAACAGUACUUCCUGCGGCUCCGCGACGACCUCAAUGUCACCCGCCUGUCCCACUUUGAGUAUGUCAAGAAUGAGGACCUGGAGAAGAUUGGCAUGGGCCGGCCUGGCCAGCGGCGGCUGUGGGAGGCUGUGAAGAGGAGAAAGGCCAUGUGCAAGCGCAAGUCCUGGAUGAGCAAGGUGUUCAGUGGAAAGCGGCUGGAGGCUGAGUUCCCCCCUCAUCACUCUCAGAGCGCCUUCCCGAAGACCUCGCCUACCCCUGGUGGCCCCGCAGGGGAGGGGCCCCUGCAGAGCCUCACCUGCCUCAUUGGGGAGAAGGACCUGCGUCUCUUCGAGAAGCUCGGAGACGGCUCCUUUGGCGUGGUGCGCAGGGGCGAGUGGGACGCCCCCUCGGGGAAGACGGUGAGUGUGGCUGUGAAGUGCCUGAAGCCUGAUGUGCUGAGCCAGCCAGAGGCCAUGGACGACUUCAUCCGGGAAGUCAAUGCCAUGCAUUCGCUUGACCACCGCAACCUCAUUCGCCUCUAUGGUGUGGUGCUCACGCCACCCAUGAAGAUGGUGACAGAGCUGGCGCCUCUGGGAUCGUUGCUGGACCGGCUUCGCAAGCACCAGGGCCACUUCCUUCUGGGUACUCUGAGCCGCUAUGCUGUGCAGGUGGCUGAGGGCAUGGGCUACCUGGAGUCCAAGCGCUUUAUUCACCGUGACCUGGCUGCCCGCAAUCUGCUGCUGGCCACACGCGACCUGGUCAAGAUCGGGGACUUCGGGCUGAUGCGAGCACUCCCCCAGAAUGACGACCACUACGUCAUGCAGGAGCAUCGCAAGGUGCCCUUUGCCUGGUGUGCCCCCGAGAGCCUGAAGACACGCACCUUCUCCCAUGCCAGCGACACCUGGAUGUUUGGGGUAACGUUGUGGGAGAUGUUCACCUAUGGCCAGGAGCCCUGGAUUGGCCUUAAUGGCAGUCAGAUCCUGCAUAAGAUUGACAAGGAAGGGGAGCGUCUUCCCCGGCCCGAGGACUGCCCCCAAGACAUCUACAAUGUCAUGGUCCAGUGCUGGGCUCACAAACCGGAGGACAGACCCACCUUUGUGGCCCUGAGGGACUUCCUGCUGGAGGCCCAGCCCACUGACAUGCGGGCCCUCCAGGACUUUGAGGAACCAGACAAGCUGCACAUCCAGAUGAACGAUGUCAUCACCGUCAUCGAGGGGAGGGCUGAGAACUACUGGUGGCGCGGGCAGAACACACGGACGCUGUGCGUGGGGCCCUUCCCCCGAAACGUGGUGACCUCCGUGGCCGGCCUGUCGGCCCAGGACAUCAGCCAGCCCCUGCAGAACAGCUUCAUUCACACGGGCCAUGGCGACAGCGACCCCCGCCACUGCUGGGGCUUCCCCGACAAGAUCGAUGAACUGUAUCUGGGAAACCCUAUGGACCCUCCCGACCUGCUGAGCGUGGAACUGAGCACCUCCCGCCCCACCCAGCAUCUGGGAAGGGUGAAAAGGGAGCCUCCACCUCGCCCACCUCAGCCUGCCAUCUUCACUAAGAAACCAACCUAUGACCCCGUGAGCGAGGACCAAGACCCCUUGUCCAGCGACUUCAAGAGGCCGGGUGUGAGGAAGCCGGGCUUGCCCCGGGGGCUGUGGCUGACAAAGCCCUCGGCCCGGGUGUCCGGCACCAAGACCGGCCGCAGUGGCGGCGGCGCUGAGGUCACGCUCAUUGACUUCGGCGAGGAGCCGGUGGUCCCGUCCCCACGGCCCUACACACCCUCGCUGGCGCAGCUGGCCAUGGAUGCCUGCUCCUUGUUGGACAAGACACCACCGCAGAGCCCCACGCGGGCACUGCCCCGGCCCCUGCACCCCACGCCUGUGGUGGACUGGGACGCACGCCCGCUGCCGCCGCCCCCCGCCUACGAUGAUGUGGCCCAAGACGAGGAUGACUUUGAAGUCUGCUCCAUCAACAGCACCCUGGUGGGCGCCGGGGGUCUCUCCUGGGGCCAGCCAGGCAAUCCAGGGGUCCGGCCGCCAGCCCUGAGGGCCACCGCUUGGCUGUCACAGAGGGGCUGCCCAGGGGACGGGCCAGAGGCUGUACGGCCAACAGAUAAGAUCCAGAUGCUGCAGGCCAUGGUGCAUGGGGUGACCACAGAGGAGUGCCAGGCGGCCCUGCAGAGCCACAGCUGGAACGUGCAAAGGGCUGCCCAGUAUCUGAAGGUGGAGCAGCUUUUUGGGUUGGGUCUGCGGCCGCGAGGCGAGUGCCACAAAGUGCUGGAGAUGUUCGACUGGAACCUAGAGCAAGCCGGCUGCCACCUCCUGGGCUCCUGUGGCCCUGCCCACCACAAGCGCUGAGCUGUGGAGAGCCAGAAGGUCUGCCCUGAAGGAAUCACUUGAGCCUGUCCAUCUGACAAGGGUGGAAGAUGCCCAUCCCAGGCCUGGAGAACCUGCGGACACCCACUGGCAGAGCGAGGCUAAGGCAGCAGGAGGCUGGGAGCCCCGCCUUGCCUGUCCCUCCCUCACCCAGCACCAUCCCAGCAACUUCGGUUCAGCCCACAGUGCCCCAGGCCAAGGUGCAAGAAGUUGCCCGUGAAGGCUAGCAUGGGGGUGGCCUCAGCAGGCCUGCGGCUGACGUGCCUCUGGUUGCAUCCACCCUGGUAGGCCUGCCGCUGGAGUGUGUCCCCGAGUCCUGCCAGGGGAAAGCCAGGCUUGACCUUGGGCGGGGAGGAUGUGUUGGCCACACUGAAAGGUGGACCAGCACGCGGCUGGGUCCUUCUCCAGAGAGCCCUGGGUUCUGGGGUGCCGGCAGGAUGUAACUCGUGGCCUCACCAUAGACAGUGUUUGGGACUUGGCUGCUCUUAGGAUCUUGUGCCUGGAAAUAGCCUGAAGUGGCCCAGGAAGCAGAGCAUUGGUGCCAGUAGUUCUCUGGCAGGGACCAGGGCCUAAGGCCCCAGGGUUGGAAGGAGACCAAAGGGGUAGCUUCCCUGGAGGGAUACUAGAGCUUCCUCUGCCCCAGCUCUUCCCCUGUGCUGUCCCCAAAGUGGCUGCCCCAGCUACGGAUACCUGCUUCUUCCAGAGAAAUAAAACUAGUUUCUAUUUUAUGUUA